UUUUUUUUUCUUCAUUUACUAUUUUGCUCCACUUUUUUUUUCUUUCUUUUUCUUUUCCUCUUCCUUCUUCCUUUUUAUCUUACUCCAUCGCAAGCGGUGUGUCUUUCCCGUUCCUACUUUCCUUCCAACUUUUUUUUUCUUACUAGCGAUCCUAUUCCCCCAGCAAGUUAAAAAAAAAAGCUGUCUAUCAUGGUGUUUAACGAAAAAUCAGGAUUGUAUUCGCCUGUACGAGGCAACAAGCGACUGGCCGUGACACUGUUGUGUGUCAUGUCGUUUAUCGUUUUCUCCCUUCUCACGUUUUCUCGGACCUCUGUGGGUCUUGGAUCGUGUGGACGUACCAUCCGCACCAUCAAUGAAGCCGUGGCUUUCUCCAGCAGCAAUCCUCACUAUGGCAAUCAGGCCACUUUUAUCAAUCUCAACGAUCUCGAAGCAACUUCCAAUGCCAAGGAUAACCAGGAACAUGUCCUGAUACUGACUCCUUUAAAAAAUGCACAAGCUUACUUACCGCGCUAUUUCGAGCUCGUCGACCGCUUGUCCUAUCCCAAGCAUCUCAUUUCCAUGGCAUUCUUGGUCUCCGAUACCACCGAUGAUACCGUUCCUAUGCUCAAGGAAAAAGCCCAGGAACUCAUGAACCGUGACGACCCAGAACAACGUUACCAUCAGAUCUCUAUCUACGAAAAGGAUUUUAGCUUUGAGUUGCCAGAAGAUAAGCGUCACGCCUUUGAGAUGCAGCCCCUGCGAAGAUCCUACAUGGCCCGCUCACGCAACUACCUUCUCACUGCCGCUCUUCGUGAAGAACAUGCCUGGGUUCUGUGGUUGGAUGUCGAUGUCGUUGAAUACCCUGCUUCCAUUCUGGAAGACUUGCAAAGCGUCGACGUCGAUGUCGUGGUCCCCAACUGUCUCUUGGAUACCGAAGAUAAAUCGUUUUGGGCUUACGACAAGAACAACUGGCAAGAAACUGAACGUUCCCUGGAAAUGCAGAAAGAUUUGGAUCCCGACUAUGUACUAUUAGAAGGUUAUUUUGAAUUCUUAACCAACCGAUAUCUGAUGGUCGAUAUGCCUACACAUUUGGGUAAAAUGGAAAAGGUUCCUCUGGAUGGUGUGGGUGCCACAUUUACACUUGUCAAGGCCCAUGUCCAUCGUGAAGGCGCCAAUUUCCCACCUUACCCAUUCCAGCAUCAAGUAGAAACCGAAGGUUUUGCCAAAAUGGCCAAAGCCAUGGGUUUUGGAGUCUAUGGUUUACCUGGCUAUCUCAUUUAUCACAUCAGAAACUCAUAGACUGGAUCCACCAGUGAUCUUGCGCUUAUUUAUUUCCUUUUUAUCGUCUCUUAUUUUCAUCUUUUUCACAUCCCACUUGCCAUUUUCCCGCCGUUUUACCAACGAAUCAUUGCAUAUUGCGCCUCCUUUUUGUCGAUUAAUGUAUUUUUCCCUCCAUAGUAUCACUUUUUUUCUUUCUUUCUUUCUUUCACACAUAGUAUUACACUCUAUUAAUCAUUGGUUUCAUAGUAUAAGCACAAAAAGAAUUCAAUACAUAUACAUGAAUACACACACUCCAUCUAAUCAUCCA